AUGGAUGAGAGGCUAAGGAAGCUGCGCCUGGAGCGGGGCCAGGCCUUGCUGGAGUCGUGCCGCAUGAGGGACUUCGACCGCAGUCCUGAAGAAACAGCCAGGCUAAAACAGCGCGGCCGUCUCUUGUACGAAGAGCGGCUACGCGCAGAAGAGAAAGGAAGUCCGUGUGUAGAAAUGCGGUAUCAUUCAGAGGCGGUGAUUGAUCUGUGCAGUAUUCCCGUCAAGGAAGGGCAAGCGGCGACGGAAAAAACGCAUGGACUUUCGUAUGUGCUGCCGCAGCCGGUGGAACUGCUCUCGGAGAGCCGUAGAGACGGGGACAACAUCUCCACCUCACAUGACUGUACAACGGCCAUUAUUGAUUACUCAAUUCUGGAUUCCGUUCGCGAGCAACAUAUACGGGACGUCCGGCAAAUUGAAAUCCUAACAAAAGAAAGCCACUUGCUUCAAGAGACAAUUGAAAAACAGCAGGAGGCACUAACCAAACUUGCUGCCGAGCUUGCCCAGCGCGACGCUCAAAUUCAAUGCAAUUUAAAGAAUGACGCAAGGAAAUUAAUUCCACCAGAUGAAAAGGAGAUGGGAGUACGGUAUGACGGGGGCUCUGACCACAUGCAGGAGAUGGAUCCCGCCAUGCGUCCACGUGCGCAAGAUAAUUGUAGAAGCCCUCACCUGAAAACAUUUGAGGACCUUCACGACGCCGAGUCUUUAGUGGCACGCAAGCAGGUUGAAAUACAAGAGCUGCAGUUAAAACUUCAGGAGAAAAUACUCUACUGCGACAAACUCGGGGAAGAAAACAAGAAUCUCAACAAAAACAACCAAAAACUGCAAGAAGAAGUGGCAGCGCUACUAAAAAAAGUUUGUAUGAUACAAGAAGAACUAAUAAACACUACGGAACAGGAAAAUUAUUCACAAAAAACAGUCAUCUACCUCGAGCAUAAAAUACAAAUGAAAUCCGAAUAUAAACCAUAUACACCAGUUCCAGAAAGCACACAUAUGGAAGAAGAACUAGAACGUCUUGCACGGCAGUGUGCCGAUGCGGAGGCGACCAUGCACCGGAUGGAGGCCGAGAUGGCGGCAGAGAAUGCCAAGCUGAAGGAGGAGUUGUGUCGGAUGCAACAGAGCCAUGAGGAGGAGCGUCAGGCAGCGGGGGCGGCGAUGCACCGGAUGGAGGCCGGGAUGAGGUCGCAGCAGCAGACACAGCUAGCCGGGCCGCCACGCCGCGCAGCCGCGUCGUCCACGAACCCGUUUGCCAGCAUGGGCGCGCCGUCGAAGGAACCAGGGUCAUUUCCUGACCAGGGUGACGAUGGCGAUGACGUUUUUGGCGUUGGCACCGAGCAGCACCGCACGGCGACUGGUGAUGCCGUGUCCGGGGAUGGCCAGGCCGAACCGGAGGGCCUCGUGACAGAGCUUCGAGGGCGGCUAGCGGAGCUGGAGGCUGCCUUGUCAAGCGCCACACUGGCCCGGGAUAGCGCUGUGGGAGAGGUGGAGCGUCUUGCACGGCAGUGUGCCGAUGCGGAGGCGACCAUGCACCGGAUGGAGGCCGAGAUGGCGGCAGAGAAUGCCAAGCUGAAGGAGGAGUUGUGUCGGAUG